UCAAUGAUGUUAAUCAAUAUUCAGAACCCCUAAAAAUGGUAACACUUUUAACUGCGGUAGUAACAGCUGAUGUAUUAAAAAAGGUCAAAAUUGAUCAAUUUGGAGAUUUUAUGGAAGUGCUGAGGCAACCUUUGAAACAAUACUGUUGUAUGAAGCUUUAA